CUGUGGAAUUUUUCAUCCACCAAUCAAAAUGUACAGUUUUAGUCAGCUGUUAAAUGACCUUCACCCAAGAUAUUUACAGGAAGUAAAGGUGAAAUCAAUACCAGCCUGUGGCCAGAAAAAGGUCUGUAUAAAGAUUGGAAACCUGAAUUAGAAGAUGUAAAUGUGAACUUGUCAAGUUUAAGAAAUGGCUUUAAGAAAGGAAGUGCUAAGUUUGUAUCGUCAUAUUAUUAGGCUUUCAUACAAAUGGGAAUCUGCACUUGGUAACCCAGGUAGUGAUGGAGAGGAACAAAAAUAUGUAAGAGAAGAGGCCAGAAGACUGUUCAAGAAAAAUAAAGAGAUUACAGAUGAAGAAGAAAUAAGACAACACCUGAAAGAAGGCCAAACAAGAUUAGAAUUAGCUAUCCACUACAAGAAUCCCUAUCCCAGACCUGUACAUUUACCACAGCAUGUAUUACACUCACCAAAAGACAAAAGAUUAAAGGCCCAGAGAAGGAAACUAGAACAGUCAAAACCUAUUUAUAUAAAAUCAUACGAGGAUGAAUCCUGACACGCCUAGAGAUAAAGUCUCUUUUAGGAAUUGAAGGAAUUGUAAAUAAAGAGCUUGAUAUGUUGGAGUAUCUCCAUGUAGAAUUUCAGUAUUUUUGUAUAAAAUGCUAGAAUAUCAAUAAAGAAAUUUUUAUUUGAGUUAGUAAAUGACAUUAACUUUUGAAGUUAGCAUGGGCAUUAAUGUCAUAAACUAAAGGACACAUUUCUGAUUCUUCAUGCAGUAUAGAAUUCAUGUUUUAUAUGUUUUACAGAACUGAACUGAUAAAUCUAUCUGCUUAAUAUAAAGUAAAAAAUAAAGUUGUUGCAAGUGCA